CGUAUUUCUCUCCACCCUCUCCGAAUUCCACCGUCUCUUCAUUAUCUACAGAGAGAAAAUGAAAACAAUAUGUAGCUCUCGUGCAUAGAGAGAGAGAGAGAGAGAGAGAAAAGUAAGAAGUGGGUCUUUUCAUUUAUUUUUUUUGGACAGAGACCAGUAAAAACUGGGUCUUUUCAAUAUAUAUUUUUCUUUGCAGAAAGAGGGAGAGUGGUUUAUCGAGAUAGGGGUGAGAGGAGAGAGAAAGAGAAGAGGUGCGUUUAGAGACAGAAGUAAUAUGUCUUAUACUCUCAACAAUCGGCGGCCAUAAGGUAUCCAAAGCUUGACGGGGAAGAGAGAGAUGUUUGCGGGUCAAGUUAAGGAGGGCAGAGGAGGAGAGAGAUAAAGAGCUGGAGGAGAGAGAAACGGAGAACAAAUUUUUUUUUGAUAAUUUGGAUUGAUUGAUUCGUUGUUUUCGUGUGGGGGGAAGAGAGACAGAUGGAGAUGGGUGGGUUAUCAGUGCGGAGAUGGUGGUGAUGAGAGAGAGAGUGGUAAUCGGGGAAGAAGAGGAGGGAUAUGAAGAAUGAGGGGAGAUCAGGAAAGGGAGGAGGAGGAGGAGGAGGGGGUUUGCUACCAAAUUCUCUCAGGAUCUUAUCUUCAUGUCUCAAGACUGUGUCAUCAAAUGCAACCACCGUAGCUUCCACCGUGUGCUCCGCUGGUGCCUCUGUUGCUGCCUCCAUUUCUCCUCAUGAAGAUGAGAGAGACCAGGUACAAUGGGCUGGAUUUGACAGGCUGGAGAUUGGUCCAUCCAUGUUCAAACAUGUCCUUUUACUUGGUUACUCAACUGGGUUUCAGGUCCUUGAUGUGGAUGAUGCUUCCAAUUUUCAGGAACUGGUUUCAAAGCGUGAUGGUGCUGUUACAUUCUUACAAAUGCAGCCCAUACCGGCAAAGACCGACGGGGAAGAAGGAUUCAGAGAAUCCCAUCCUCUAUUGUUGGUUGUUGCGGGUGAUGGAACCUUUAACACUGUACAGAUUCAUGACGGUUCAUCAACUCAUACUCAACAAGGAGGCAAUGUUCCAAAUCCCACUGUUGUACGGUUUUAUUCACUAAGGUCUCAUAACUACGUACACGUGCUGAGAUUUCGAUCCACAGUUUUUGCUAUACGUUGCAGUCCUCGAAUUGUGGCUGUGGCCAUUGCAGCCCAAAUAUACUGCUUUGAUGCUGUCACUCUUGAAAAUAAGUUCAGUGUACUCACGUAUCCUAUCACUUUGAAUGGACAAGGAGUGGUAGGGGUUAAUAUAGGCUAUGGUCCAAUGGCUGUAGGUCCAAGUUGGUUGGCUUAUGCUUCAAACCAUGCCUUAACGUCAAACACUGGGCGUCUAAGCCCUCAGAAUCUGUCACCCUCUCCUGGUGUUAGUCCAUCAACUUCUCCUGGAAACGGGAGCUUGGUGGCCCGCUAUGCAAAGGAGUCUACCAAACAAAUUGCAGCUGGGAUAAUUAAUUUGGGAGAUAUUGGAUACAAGACUUUUUCUAAAUAUUAUCAAGAACUUUUACCAGAUGGUUCCAACUCUCCCGUAUCAUCAAACGCAAAUUGGAAAGUAAACAGAGUUGUAUCAGGUUCACAUCCAAGUGAAACAGAUAAUGCCGGGAUGGUUGCUGUUAGGGAUUUUACUUCAAAAGCUAUUAUUGCACAUUUCAAAGCUCAUACGAGUCCCAUAUCUGCCAUAAGUUUUGACCCGAGUGGUACUCUUUUAGUUACUGCAUCUGUGCAUGGAAACAACUUAAAUGUCUUCCGCAUUAUUCCAUCUCGUGUCCAAAAUAGUUCGACAACCUAUGACUGGAGUUCAUCACACGUGCAUCUUUACAAGCUAUACCGUGGACUCACAACAGCUGUCAUACAAGACAUUGUUUUCAGCAAUUACAGUCAGUGGGUUGCAAUUAUCUCGUCGAGGGGGACCUGCCAUAUAUUUGCUCUUUCUCCUUUCGGAGGGGAUGUUGGUGUUCAUAGUUUUACUGCUCGCGAGAAUGAAUUCCAUUCUUUGCCAAAUUUAUUUUUACCAUGGUGGUCAACCUCAGGGUCUUUAAGUACUAAUCAGCAUAACUUUCCACCUCCUCCAGCCCCAAUUACCCUAGCCACUGUAAGCAGGAUAAAAAAUGGUAAUGGCGGUUGGCUAAACACAGUUAGUGGUGUUGCAGCCUCUGCAACAGGGAAGGCACACUCGCCUUCUGGUGCGAUGGCUGCAGUUUUCCACAAUUCAAUUAUUAUUGGGCUUCAAUCAAAUACCUCGAGAGACAAUUUACUGGAGAAUUUAUUGGUAUAUUCUCCUUCAGGCCACGUGAUUCAAUAUGUCUUAUUUCCAUCCUCUGGAACUGACGUUUCUUAUAGCAAUGGUUCAAGAAUUGGACCUGGGUCUUUGAGCCCUAAUAGAGAUGAGGAACUCAAGGUUCUUGCUGAGCCUGUUCAAUGGUGGGAUGUUUGUCGGAGAACAAGUUGGCCUGAAAGAGAGGAAAAUAUCUCUGGCAUCACGCACAGUUUACCUUCAGUUAAUGGAAUGCCGAUUGAUAAUGUCAGUUAUAGCAAUGAUGAAACAAGUUCCUGUGGUUUGCCUAGGAAUGGGGUGAUAGCAAAUGAUUCCGUGAAAUGUGAUGAGAAAUUUCAUGUUUAUAUAUCCAAUGCUGAAGUGCAGAUAAAUUCAGGAAGAAUUCCAAUAUGGCAAAAAUCUAAGAUACGUUUCUAUCUGAUGAUGCCUACAUCGGCUGAUGAGAAAUUCGGUAUGAAUGGUAACUAUGGAGGGGAAAUAGAGAUUGAGAAGAUCCCAAUUUGUGAGGUUGAAAUAAGGAGAAAAGAUCUAUUACCAGUCUUUGAUCAUUUUCGCAGCUUUCAAUCAGACCAGAGUGGAAGAUGCCCUGUUGGGGGAAGGAAUUCUAGUGUGUCAGCGUUGAAUGCACAUCAGACCAAGGACAAGUUAAUGGAAGGAUUGGUUCUUAAGAACUCUGCUUCUCAUGGUUACUCCAAAUCAGUUCAGGGUAUUCUUGGUAAUCCUGAUGCAUAUCAAUCCGUAGAAAUGCCAACACCAGUUGGGUCUUCAACGAAUUCAAAUCUGAUGAGCCAUGACUUCAUGAAAGCAACUGAUCGAAGAAGCAUCGAGGAUCACCCUGCUUCACCUCAAAUGUUAUUAUCUACUUGGGGUUCAAACAAGGAUUUCCCCACGCAAGAUUUUAGGCAUUGCAAUAAUCAGGCUCUUGAAACUAUUAAGGAUGCAACUCGCAAUGGGUUUUCCCUUACAUCCUGUGAUUCGCUUGGUUUUGAAAGACCUGACACAAAAGUUUUCUUCUUGAGUAAUGGGGUCACAAGUAACUGUGUUGAUAACAAGAACAUAAUCUCAAAUGCAUCAACUCUGAAGAGCCAAACAAUUCAGGCUUGUGACAAUGGAGACUUGAAUGGUGCAAUGGACUUUCAAGAGGGGUAUUGUAAAAUAUCCGAGGUUGUUGAUUGUCAUGAGUCAGCUGAAAUUGUUGCUGAUGCAAACAGCAGCAGCAGCAGCAGCAGUCACAGGGAGAAAGAGAAGCCUGGGGAAGAUGGGGACCAUGAUAAUGAUCCAAUCGAAGGUGUAUUUACCUUUUGUGAUGAAGGUUGAUUGAUCAUAACAUGGUCUGGAAAUUUCUCGUUCCAAAAUACGCCUUUUACAGAACAAAGGAAUUCUCAUUUGAGGAUUGGUUACAUGUUAUAGGAUCUUUAUGUAGGUGUGCCCUUGAAAUGAUGGGUUAUGGGUUGGUUUGACUCCCACCGAAUUAUAAAGUAUUUACCAUUCUAGUCGUCUUGGUUUAUUGAAAUUGAUUACGAGGAGAGAAGGGCAGUCGAUUCAAGCAUGUGGAGUUUAAUACUGAUGAUGAGAGGUAAUUUAGUAAACAGCCCUAUGAUUGACUGAUUUGUCAUGUAUAUAUGGUUGUCAUGCCAUCCAAUUAGAUGGAGUUUCCAUAGCAUAUGGGGCUAGCAUUGGCAUGAGGAAGUCUUCUCUGCACAAGCAUUAUGUUGUACAAUCUUUGUUGGGAGUUCCAAAUCCCCAUGUGUGCCCUUUGUACAUAGUUUGUAUAGAAUUUAGCUGUACUGGCUUAAACAGAUGGCUAUCAAUGAGGAGGGAAAUCAAGUGAUUCUUUUCCCAUCUGAAUCCAACUUUUCUUUUUUUAAGCAGUAUUUAUCAGUUGUGGACUGGCAUUUGCUGCCUCCGAGAAGUGUACUUGUAAAAUGAUCUUCUUGUAUCACAUUCUCAAGGAAAUGCCCUUUUUAUAUUGGAAACAUAAAAAGGAAUCCAGAAUUAUGCUUGGUUC